GGGCGUAGUAAGCCGAGCCGUGCUGAAGAAGAAGAAGGCGAUUAAGAUGGCGCUUGGUGGCGCGCAGGGACCGUCCCCCCACAGCCAGGCUCUGUGAGGGAGGAAGCCGCCCGCCCUAUACCGCCAGCACCGUCUGCUACCGAGCGCCCUGCCCCCUCUCCUCCUCCAUACCGUCAGCAGCCCCGGGCUCGGUUCCGCAGCUCCCCCCCGGACACACAAUGGGGGUGCAGGGAUUCCAGGAGUUCCUGGAGAAGCGAUGUCCGGGGGCCGUGGUGCCCGUAGACUUACUGAAGUUGUCCAGGACGGUGGCCCGACAACAACACCGGGCCGGUUACCCCCUUCCGCCUCCUCCUCCCCCCACACAACCCCCCGCCCCGGGGGCGCCCCCUCCCUGCCGGGUUCUGGUGGACGCCGACUCGGCCCUGCAACGUCUGUACGGCGGAUACCAGACCGACUGGGUGUGCGGGGGCCAAUGGAACGCCAUGCUGGGCUACCUGGCGGCCCUGUCCCAGGCUUGUCUCUACCAGGGCGGCCUGGAGCUGGUGGCCAUGUUCAACGGGACGCUGGCCAAGGAGAGGCUCCCCGAGUGGGCGAGGAGGGCGCAGGGCGAGCGGCAGACGUCUCAGCUUAUUGUCAGCCACAUCGGGAACAAGGGGACCCCGCCCCCGCGGGCCUGGUUCUUACCACCCGCCUGCCUGGCACACUGCAUCCGCCUGGCCAUGAUCCGGUUCAGAGUCAAGGUGUUUCAGAGUUUGGAGGAUCAUCACCUGGAAGUGGUUUCUUUUUUCCGGGAGAACGGAUUUCAUGGCCUCAUUGCCCACGACUCUGAAUAUGCUUUGUGUAACAUCCCAUCUUACUACAGCUCUCAUGCUCUCAAGCUCAGCUGGAAUGGGAAGAAUCUGACCACCAACCAAUUUCUGAUGCAGGAAGUCGCUAAGCAGCUUGGCCUGAAGAUGAGCAAUUUCCCCAUCUUUGCUGCUCUCUUGGGGAAUCAUAUUCUUCCUGACGAAGAUUUAGCUGCAUUUCAUUGGAGUUUGCUGGGACCAGAUCAUCCUCUUGCAUCGUUGAAGGUCCGUGCCCACCAGCUUGUCCUCCCGCCUUGUGAUGUAGUGAUAAAAGCCGUCUCUGAGUAUGUGGCAACAAUCAAAGAUGCUUCUAAUUUGGACACGGUGGGGAAGGAUAUAUUCAGACACUCUCAGUCCAGGACAGAGGAUAAGAUUGAACGAUUCAAAAAAGCUGUGGAAUAUUACUCUGUUGCAACCAGACAGCGUCCACCCCAAAUGAACCCGUCACCUUUUGUUGUUGCGGGAUACCCUCACAAUCAAUUUGGAGUUCCACCUAUUCAUCAUAAUCAUAUGGGAGGGAUGCCUGUGGGGAAGCCCAUGUUUGGCCAUCAUAUGCCACCAAAGCUUCCCUAUCAGCAUCACCCGUUUCCUCCAGGACCCAACUCUGGAUUUGUAUUUCCUCCUCACCCGAUGGGCGACCUAUCUCACUUUCACGAUGACCACUUCCUGAAAGCGGGACCAUUCUCAAACUGGGCCAUGCCAUAUGACACGACUGCUGCCAAGUUCCCCAAUCACUUGACUUUGAAGCCUUCUCCUUCAUCUGGCCAGGAUUCCUCCCCGUCCUCGUCUUCUGAUGAAGAUCAGAAUAGUGCAGCCUCAAAUCAUGUCACAGAGGCAAGACAGCACAAGACUAAUUGGGAGGAAUCUACCGGAGAGAAAAUGACUCAGAACUGGGGCCACCAGUCAGGAUCUGGAGAAUCCCAGCAAAAUGAAUCCCAGAUUCCAUCCCUGCUAUCCAUGGCGACCAGAAACCACAUGGAUAUCACCACGCCACCUUUACCUCCCGUGGCUCCUGAAGUAUUACGAGUAGCAGAGCACAGACACCGACGGGGUCUAAUGUACCCGUACAUCUACCAUGUCCUCACAAAGGGUGAGAUUAAAUUGCCAGUGUGCAUAGAGGAUGAAUGCAACACUGAUCUCCCCCCUUCCACCAUUCUUUUCCGCCCAGCACGCCAAUAUGUAUACGGAGUCUUAUUCAGCCUGGCUGAGACUCAGAGGCGGCUUGAGCGGCUAGCCUUGCGCAGGCGUCUGCCAGUGGAUGUUCCGCCAGUGAUAAUUAAAGAGUGGUCUGCCUAUAAAGGGAAGUCACCUCAGACCCCAGAGCUGGUAUCGGCCUUGACCUUCAGAGAAUGGACUUGUCCUAAUUUAAAGAAACUGUGGCUUGGCAAAGCUGUAGAAGACAAAAACCGGCGAAUGAGAGCGUUCCUGGCCUGUAUGAAGUCGGACACGCCCAGCAUGCUGAACCCAGCUAAUGUGCCCACACAUCUCCUCCUCAUGUGCUGUGUGCUUCGGUAUAUGAUGCAGUGGCCCGGAGGGAGAAUAUUAUUUCGGCAUGAGCUGGAUUCAUUUCUAGCACAGGCUGUAUCUGCACAACUGUAUGAGCCCGACCAGCUACAGGAGCUCAAGAUUGAUAAACUGGAUACUCGGGGUGUGCAGCUGGCAGCGCUCUUCAUGAGUGGAGUGGAUACCGCACUAUUUGCCAACGACGCCUGCGGCCAGCCUGUCCCUUGGGAGCACUGCUGUCCCUGGAUUUACUUUGAUGGGAAGCUGUUCCAGAGCAAGCUGAACCGAGCAGGAAGGGAGAAAGCACCUUUGAUUGAUCUUUGUGACGGUCAGGCAGAGCAGGCAGCCAAAGUGGAGAAGAUGAGACAAAGCAUCUUAGAGGGGAUCAAUUUUAAUCGCCAGCCACCUCCACCACUUCUGCCUCCACCACCUUUCAUGCCCCACAUGAUGCCACCCUUUUACCCUGUUCCAAUGUACCCCAGAGCCAUGGGCUCCAUGCCCCCACCUCCUCCUCCUGGAAGAAACAGAGGUUUUUCAGGCGUUCAUCCUAUUCCACCACAAGGGGGCAAGCUGGAGAUUGCUGGUAUGGUGGUUGGUCAGUGGGCAGGCAGUAAACCUUCCCGUGGCCGGGGAGCUUUUGGGAUGCAGGUGGUCUCGGUUGGGGGUCCAGGCAAAGGGCGUGGAAGAGAUCCUGCUGCUAACAAAAUGGCAAAACCAACCAAAAAAGUGAGCAAGCAGGGGCCAACAGACAGCCGCAGCCCUUCUCAAGUCAAUGGGACCAGUGGAAACCCUGUUACAGAAGAAGAAUCCAGCUCACAAACUAUAGCAUGUGCCUUAUCCAGAGAUUGCAGUGACCCUUGCAGCAAUGGCAAUGCCUCUCACUUUACUGGGAUAAGUAGUGAAGGCGGGGACAACUGCCGCGAUGACAAACUGGGUCCAACUGCCCUCCAGAAGGAGGAGUGAGCCACUAACAGGGAAAACACUGGAGGAGGAGGAGAGUGCUCGAGGGAGGUACAGCUCAACCCCAACAAAAAAAACAAAAACACCCCCCAACAAACAAGAAAAAUUAACAAGAGAUAUUUAAUUUUUUUUUUUUCUGUUGCCGUAUUGAAAUUAAACCUUUUAGGCAUACAGCUGUUAUAUGGCACCAUGCUUUGAUUUGGUACAAUCCCUUGACACAAGCUUUGUGUCUUUUCCAUUACAGAUCAUCAUAGUGCAGAGAAAUAGAUUGCAUUAUCUUUAUCAUAGAGCUUCUAUCCCCGGGUCCCAUGGGGGAAGAAGAAUAAGCUAUAGGUUUGCGAUAAAACGAAUGACAUAAACGACGAUAAUGACGUUUGUGUUUUCUAGGAAGCUGUAGAAGGAUCCUGUCCUAUGGAAGACGUUUCAUUGGCUCUCUCUCAGUAUUACUGAGAGUGGAUUUAUUCAGCAGUAUUGCUUUAUUGCAUCUGCUGUACCUCCCUCCCUCUAUCUCGCUCCGCCCUCCAUCCUCCUACGAGGAAACCUCCUGCCAGACUACCGGAACAUGUAGAUAAUGUUGGGCUUUUUGUCUGAAUUUUAUUAAUAUUAUUUUUUAUAUGUACAUAUAUAUAUGUAUAAAUAUAUAUAUAAAUAUGGCCUUUGUACAAAAAAAGGGGGAUUUCAGGAAAGAAGCUGUUUUUUUUUUUUUUUGGGCAGAUUUUUCCUGCCUUGAAGUUAAGGUCAAGCCUGUGUCAUGCUGGGUCAUGUCAUUUGAUACAGUAAGCCACCUCCAUCUGCGUCAUAAAAUCUCGAGCACCUUUUAAAUCGUGUUGCUGCUGCUGCUAAGAUGCACCUUGUAAUUUGCUUUUCACCCACAGAAGGCCAAAGCAGUCACAAUCAGUAUACAAUUGUAUUUGCCUUAGCUGUUCUUUAAAGUCCCUAAAACAAAAAAAUGAGCAAGGACAGGGUUUUCUUUUUUUACUGUCUGUCCGAUGCUCAUUGACUAUUGCCAUAGAGCCUUCUAAGGACACUUAGAGGAUACCUAAGCCAUUUCCAAAGCGAUAUUUUACAUUCUGACACUGCAGGUUUUUAUAUAAUAGGCGGGAGAAGAACGCGCCCCCACUAAAAAAGCGCAGGGACCCAUAGCAACCAAACAAUACUUUUUAAUCUGAUUGCACUAAGCCACUGAAAUCUGGUUGCUAUGGGUAACUGCAUUUAAGAAAUAAAGGCCUCUGUGUUGAAAUUUUAUAAUGGAGGAGGUGGUAGUGUAAAAAAUAAAAUUAAACACGAUCGCUUCGUUUUUUACAGCAGUUUUACUGUUUGCAAAUGAGAUCACCCAUUGCAGGAGUGGAGAGCGCGCCACACAUUGCUUGACGCCAAAGAGGUGACACCUGUCUUGCUGAAGGUGUAAUGUGAAUGAUAGUGUAUGGGCGUAACGUUUAUCUGCCGGCAACCGGCCCGCAGAUGGGAUACGCGCAGAAGUACGCAAUUUAGGACUUUGUCUGACAAGGCUCACUGUGUAUAUUGUGAAUAUGCAUAUGUUUGUGCACAGACCUAAUGUACAGAGAGAGGCAAAGAGAGAUCUAUUUAUGUAAUCUAUAAAUAUAUAUUUAGGUAAAAGCCACAUUUGCAUCCUGAGCAGAAACCAGUAUUCCUUCGAGAACGCUGCCGCCUGCUGGGGGGGAGGUUUGUGGUGAAAAAAAUCGGAAACUUGUACUCCGGACGUGUAACUCCAAAAAAUGAACCAGGAGAGGGCAAACUUAGCUCUCGUGUCCAGAGCUCCCGCUGGAAACUUCACUUGAUGCCCACCUCUCUGAAACUUUAACGGAAACGAGAAAAAAAAAAACGUUGUUUUUUUUUUUUUUACGGUAUUUGUUUUUGGAAAAAAAUACCCCAAACGCCCGUCAAUGUUUUUCUCUGGUUGAAGGGCUUACAAUGUUUUGCUCUGCACCUGUUGUUAGAGAUUUUUAAUAAAAGAAUCCUUUUCUUCUUGUAUUCCAACUCUAGAAACCGUAGAAAAGAAACCCAGUUAUGAAACACGAUAAAGCAACCCCCCCACCCCACCUACCUUUUCCAUAUCACGUUUGUUUUCAUUUGGACAUUCUAGCUCGUAUGAAUUUGUAGUAAAUCAUGUUUUAAACUGUGUUUUCUCGCAUACUCCUGGCUGACUGGCUUCUCCUGGCUGACUGGCUUCUCUACCAAACCCACAGUUUGCUUUCUUCAAGCUCACUUGUCUCCGUUUGCUAGUUUUCUUGCAGGAAAACUGGUGUGCGGGAACGCAUUUCCAAUAGAAAUCCUAUUCAUCCCUUAUGUGGCUAGCUGCUUUCUUGUAAAAAAAAAUAGAGCUUGUAGCAUUUAUUGCGUAUUAAUAAUGCAUGUUAAGCAGGGCAAUUAAUGUUUAUUGCUUUGCAUGUUGCAUGAAGAAAAAAAAAAUGCACCUAUAUAUGCGUAACACAAGCAUGGCCGCUACUUACUGCUUAAUGGUGGAAGGGCCCUUAGGGAUAGGACAAGACUUUCUCCAACCAACUUUUCACGGUAUAGUUUAUAAAACAGUUGUAUGCCAGAUGGGGCAGCCAGUAACCAUAUUGGAAAUUUGCAGUUCUGACAGUUUCCUAUUUUCAUUUCACAUUGUGUGGAUGAAACUGGACUAAUUAAAAUAAGUAAAGAAACCCUUUAGUUGACAAUACCUGUACAAGGACCCCUAUAACAUUUGAUCAUAUCUGUACAAGAACCCCUAUUAAUCAUACCUGUACAAAGACCCCUAUAAUGAUUAAUCUUACCUGUACAAGGACCCCUAUAAUGACUUAUCAUACCUGUACAAGGACCCCUAUAAUGACUUAUCAUACCUGUACAAGGACCCCUAUAAUGUACAAGGACCCCUAUAAUGACUUAUACCUGUACAAGGACCCCUAUAAUGACUUAUACCUGUACAAGGACCCCUAUAAUGACUUAUACCUGUACAAGGACCCCUAUAAUGGUUAAUCAUACCGUUACAAGGACCCCUAUAACGAUUGAUCAUACCUGUACAAGGACCCCUAUAACGAUUGAUCAUACCUGUACAAGGACCCCUAUAACGAUUGAUCAUACCUGUACAAGGACCCCAACAAUGAUUAAUCAUACCUGUACAAGGACCCCUAUAAUGGUUAAUCAUACCUGUACAAGGACCCCUAUAAUGACUUAUCAUACCUGUACAAAGACCCCUAUAAUGAUUAAUCAUACCUGUACAAGGACCCCUAUAAUGACUUAUCAUACCUGUACAAAGACCCCUAUAAAGGUUAAUCAUACUGUUACAAGACCCCUAUAACGAUUGAUCAUAUCUGUACAAGGACCCCUAUAAUGGUUGAUCAUUCCUGUACAAGGACCCCUAUAAUGACUUAUCAUACCUGUACAAGGACCCCUAUAAUGGUUAAUCAUACCUGUACAAGGACCCCUACAAUGACUUAUCAUACCUGUACAAAGACCCCUAUAAUGGUUAAUCAUACCGUUACAAGGACCCCUAUAACGUUAACAAUUGUCUUGUUACUUAUGUAACUGUAGAGAGGUUUGGGUGUUAGAAUUGACCCAGCUUACUUUCUUCAUGUACUUGGUGUGGCACAAACUUCUCUUUUAUUAAAUCUGUAUUCUAUAGUGAAGAAUUUCCGGUCCCAUCGCUUUUCAGAAGUACUAGUGAAGUAUCUCCUAUUCCUCCUGUAUAAUGAUGUGGUGUAGAACACUUUGAAUUUAGGACCUAUAGGUGUGAGUGUGUGUAAAAUAUAGUUAAUAAAAGGCUCUCCGUUUUCCCUAGUACAGGGGUGUCGAACUCCAUUUACUUGGGGAGGCAUAUCGGCAUUAAAGUUGCCCUCAAAGGUUGUAUCCCCACCAUCAUAUGUCAAGAGCCCCCCCCCCCACUAUCCCUUACAUCAGUGCACCCCCUUGCCCUGUGCCGCUGCCAGGAGGGCUGGACAGAGAAGUGCAGGAUCUGGUGGAGUCCUGUCCUCUCUGCUGCGACCAGGUGGGGGUGUGAGGGCCACAUGAAAUGGCCUGGAGGGCCGGAUUCAGCCCACAGGCUUGUGUUUGACACAUAUGCCCUAGUACAUUGAAUAUAAUUGGCAAAUUCAUUUGAAAGCUUCAGAUGAUGGCAGGAGUUAAGCCGGGUACACACGGGGCAAAUGUCAGGAGACAUUUGCCGCUUCGAAAUAAAAAGGCCGACAUUCAGCCGUGUGUAUGUCAGUCUGUCCGACAGAAGCCAGCCGUUUGGCGUGCAUGGUGGAAAACCAGCAGCUGACCGACUCUUGAUCAGUGCUCCCAGCCAAUGGCAGAGAGCACUGAUCGGGGUUUUCUGGCGGGGGGCCGUCCCCUUGUCAGAGCACAACAGCUCAGUGGGGGUUUAGUACAGCGGCUCCGAGCUGUCAGUUUUUCUUUUUGUGCAACCCACUUUGUUGCAUCGGAGAAAAAAAAAACGUAGUGUGUACCAGGCCUAAAUCUGCCAAAAACAAAUUGCGUUCUAGAGAGAGGCAGCCAUGCAUUGUUACCUCAUAUCUAUAGGGCUAGCCAUAGACGGUCCAUCAGUUGGCUGAUCAAAGAGAAACAAACUGAUUCCUCCGUCCACACAUGCAAGGUGGAUGAAGUAAUCCUCCCUGCUGCACCAGUGUAUUCCGAUAACGGGACUCCACCAAUGUUAUAUAAUACAUCAAAGUUUUCAAACAUUCCUGUUUGACAGAAGCCAGCCAAUCAUUAGAUUGACUUCUGUCCAUCAGGACCCCAUACAUGAAUUGAAAUUCAACUGGUCCUUGCUGAAUCGGACACAUUUUAAUCCAUUUAUGGCCAGUUUAAGGUGUAAGUGCGAUCAUGGAACUCCUGGUACGGCCUUGGGUGGGUCAAUGGACCUGGGAAGUUGGCCUUAGGUGGGUCAGUGGACCUGGGAAGUUGGCCUUGGGGGUGGGUCAGUGGACCUGGGAAGUUGGCCUUGGGUGGGUCAGUGGACCUGGGAAGUUGACCUUGGGUGGGUCAGUGGACCUGGGAAGUUGGCCUUGGGUGGGUCAGUAGACCUGGGAAGUUGGCCUUGGGUGGGUCAGUGGACCUGGGAAGUUGAGGGGUUUAUAUCUUUCUAGGGGAGUCCUACAAAUUGGUGAUUCUAAAAGUUGUCAUACCGAAAACAUAAACAGUCACAAUAUAUAUAUAUAUAUAUAUAUAUAUAUAUAUAUAUAUGUGUCUUCUUGUAGAAAGCCUUGAUAUAAAUAGUUGCCAUAGAAAAGCCAAUCCUAGCAUAUUGCCUUUUGUAGAAAGCUACGCAGCCUUGAGCCCCGUGUAUGUAUUCAUUGCAUGCUACGCGUUAUUAUUGUGCUAUAACAAGUUCAGAUCUAGAUUGUCUGCCACAAUGAAAACAAGUGAUUUAGUAAACCUAUAGAUCCCAGUUACUGAUUUUAGUUAAAAAAAAAAUAGUUUUUUUCUUUUACCAUAUUUUUCCCUCCAACCCUUCAUGACUUUACUAGUAAGCAACCAGCCUGUUCACAGAAGAGCGAAGCUGUUUUCCAGCGCAGAGCUGGUGAACACGUUACUUGCAGUGUUGUGGCUCGAAGAACAGCCCUUACAUUGCAUUUUGUUUUUUUUCCAAGAUAUUUAAAUAUAAAAAAAGAAGAGAGGUAUCUUUCUAAACGGUUUUUCAAACCUCAGAGAUACAAUUCCAGCAGUGUAAUCGUCUUGUCACCAAACUUCCUGUAUAGGAAAAAAGAAAAGAAUAACGGUCGGUGGCCAUGAUGACAAACCGUUCUCUUUCUGGCGUUGACAUGGAUUGAUACGCUGCUGCUGCUCGGACCUCUUCUUUUUAGACAUGAUCAAUCGUGCCCUGGGAACAUAAAAACCCAGGGAUUGUGACGAAAAUUCCCCUCUGUUUACGAUGGCCACCAUAUGGACUUCAAUUCUUCUUGGAGAAUUCCUUUUUUUUUUUUUUUUUUUUUAAACCGUGGCCUCAGAAGUUGUCCAUAUUUUUUAUUUUUUGCAAUAGCCAAGAAGGCUUAACAAAGGGCAACGCAACUAUAAAAAGGGGGGAACUUGUUAUUUCACAGGGGGAAACCAACAGCCAGUUCCCACCCGAGGAGUCAACUUGUGAUAUAUUGAAUCUUUUCAUUUUCUAAGCCGUUACAACUUAAUACGUUUUUGUGUUUUUUUUUUUCUUUUUUACUACAUUUCACAAUAACUAAUUUUAAUCACACAUGAACAUCCACUUAAUGAUCCACCAUUAAUUGCCGUUAUUGAUUUAGACUCUUUGGUUUUUUUUUGCAAAAUACACCUUCUAUAUGUCAUAUUUUUUAUUUUUUUUUGUUAUCUGAAUUAGUGUUUUGUACACAUUAUUUAGCUGGUGAGCAACUCAAAGAAAAGUUUUAGCCACCAGGGCUUGUUUAAAUGUUUAUCACUAACCAUAUUCUCUGAUAUUGAAUUAUUAGUGAUUGCUAAUCUCAUUGAUAUCACGUGAUAGUUAUAAAGCUGCACUUUCCCUGCUACCUUUCUGCCAAUGGGCACACACUUUUUUUCUUGGGUCAUCCCAAUGCUGAUCAGAGAUCACAGAUAAUACGAUGUAGACGUUUUUUUUAAUUGAAUUAAACGUUUUUAUACUGAAAGGCCUAGUUUGAUUCCAGAAAGGUUAACUUGACUAUAUUAAAUGCAAGUUACAAAGAUUUGUCAGUGCUCCAGUACCCUGCUUUAGGAUCUGCCCUGAUGUUUAAAAAGGGAGGCGGGUGGGUGACUACUUUCUUUGAUAUAAUACUCUUCUUUAUUCUGCAUUUAGAUUUAUUGUAGGUUCCCAAGAAAGCCUAAAGAAGCCAAAUUCGCUUUUUUUAAUAACUUUGAGGGCGCUGCAAAGGAUAAUUCGUAUGUUGGGGGGGAAACAAGUUGUUUGCCUUGUUCCUUCUUGUUUGACCGCUUAGCAGCUGAUGCUAGACGUCAAUGUCAAAGAUGAGCACCUACCACCAGUAUUCGGGGGUCAAAUACAUUGUCCGUAGGCCUUUCAGUUUGAGCGAACUGUUCACAUUUAACUCUGUUCCUUUGCCUUAGUUUUUAGUGCUUUUUGUAGUUUUGAUCAUCUAAAAAAAAAAAAAAUCUUAGAUUAUGUUGUGUGGGGAAGAUGGUGGAUAGUAUUGCUGUCUGCUUUUAUUUUGCGCUUUUUUUUUUCUUUUAACAACCAGACAUCAAAUUUUUGAUGUCUUAAAAAAAAAAGGGGCAGCCAGCUUACCCAUUUCCUCCUAUUUUUUUUUUUUUUUCGUUUUAUUUACUCUUUCAUAUUUUAUUUCUUAAAAUUUUUCAAGGAUGGUCUAGACGCAUCCUAGGGGAUAAAUCUAACACAUACCUGCUGAAUUAUUGUCUUUUAAAUGUUCUUCUUUUAGAUGUUCUACGAAAACUAACAGAUCAUUUUUCUUGUUAAGGUUUAAAUGUAAGAAACCGUUUAAAAAAGACAAAAAAAAAAAAGUAAUAAUAAAAUAUUCCUUGCACCUAAUUCCUUUGGGUGUAACUUUAACCCAUCUGUAUCUGCUGAACAUGUACUUUGUGAUAUACUGCUUCUUUUAUUCCUGGUUUAGUGGUAACUAAUUGCUGAUCCCUUUUUUUUUUUGUUUUCUCCUCAAGAAGAAACAGAGCCUUUGAAAGUGAAUAUUGCUGACUUUCAAAGUGUUACGUAUAUAUUUUGUAAGCCCCGCUCCCUGUUGACCCCGAUUAAUAUAAACUUCUGCUUUUCUCUUUUUGAAGUUUCUUUAUUGAAUUUUUUUUUUUUUUUAGCUAGGUGAAACCUUCACUGCAAUGAAUCUUUGGUAGUAAUUCAUGAUGUUUAACGGAUUCUGUCUGUGUUAAUUACAAUGGAAAAAAAAUAAAUAAACCAUGGCUUCUGGAUUAUAUUUUCUCCCCUGUUAAUAAACGCCCCUUUAUGCUAGUCACCUGUUUAGUGGAUGGGUAAUGUGUAACUAUCUCCCACUUCCCAAAAUCUUCCUGUCCUGUAAUUCCCCCACCCCCAGCAUCUCCAUAGUUUAUCAAUGUAAGUUAGAGCGGCUAAACUCUGGGAAUGUCUGUCGUUACUGAGAUGGUGAACUUACGAUGCAGAAUGUUUAGGAAUGCUUCAUGGAGGAGCUUGGUUUUCCAGUUAGAAAGACUUACAAUGCUUAAUAAAGUCUAUUCUUUUAGUAAAA